AUGUGGCACGUAAGGUUGUUAAACACACCCUUCAACCCCAAGGUUGUUUAUGAUGGACACCCAACAUUGUUUACCAUUAAGUUGUACCAUGGAGGUGAGUUCACCAAGUACCCUGAUGUUCGUUACAUUGAUGGAACUGUAAACUAUGUUGACAUGGUAGACAUAGAUGAGUUUUCAGUUCAUGAGCUCGAUGCAAUCAUGAAGGGUUUUAGAUAUGGGUUUCCUCCUGUCAUAUACUACCAUUUUCUUGUGCCUGGUGGAGACUUCCACUUUGGUCUUCGCCCUUUAGGAAAUGAUCAAGAUGUUGCAAACUUUUCUCAAUAUGCCAGUGAGCACAAAGUGAUGAAGGUAUACACAGAGUGUAACGUCCGGGUUUCUGGGCUAAGCAUUUUGUCAAUGUAA